AUGGGCGCCCUUCCGCGGAGCCACCGCGCGGUGUCGGGCCCCUCAGCCCCUGCCCUGCGGCGUCCCGGCAGGCGGCUGCCUGGGGCUCGCAGCUCCUCCGCGUGUCCAUGUGACUGCGGCGGCUGCCCUUGUGCCGAGGGCUCCCUUCCAGGAAAACCUCAGCUUGUCAAAGCAACGAGUGGCCGGGCCGCGGCUGCGGCCUCGCCCUCAGGCCCCCGCAUAAGCUGCUCAGGCGCCGGCAGUGCCCCCGUAUGCUCAGUGGAGAAGACUCGAGUGCUGGUUUUGUGUGCAGAGCAGCUGAUCCAGCUUUACUCUUUCACCUGGGGACCCCGGUGGCCAGGACACGCUGCCGACAACCGUCGCCACAGGAGGACGAGAGCCCCGGGGGCCUGGACGCUCGCCGUCGGCACCUGGGCUGGCGCAAUCCAGGGAGCAGAGCGGAGUCUCCUGAGCGCCCACGAGGCGUGGCGGCGGGGGGGCCCCUCCUGCAGUCGGGGCGUGCUGCCGCUGCUGUGUGGCGACCGCCGAGGGACAGGGAGUCCCGAGGCGGCGGAGACCCUCGCCGCCCGCGCUCUGGGCCCCAGGCGGCUGCCCGGCUUCUCGGCCGUCGCUUUGCCCAGCCGCGUGCUCAGCGUCUCCCUGCUCGUCCCAGCGGAGCCUGGAAACGGGUUCGGGAUGGGGCUUGGGGACCCCGGCCCCCCGGUGGCGGAGGCCUGCCCACCCGCAGCCCAGCUCUACCUGGACGAGAGCAAGCAGAUCUACAAGGAGCUGGGCUUCAAGAGGUACAGCGGCCUGAGCAUCCUGCCGGCCGCCCUGGGGAAGCCCGUGCGAGAUGUAGCUGCCAAGGCCAAGGCUGUGGGCAUCCAGGGAAACCUGUCUGGGGACCUGCUGCAGAGUGGAGGGCUGCUGGUGGUCACCAAAGGUGGUGACAAGGUGCUGCUGCACUUCGUCCAGAAGUCCCCAGGAGACUACGUGCCCCAGGAGAGUGUCCUGCAGGCUCUGGGCAUCUCUGCGGAGGUCCACACCAGCGCGCUGCCCCGGUGUGACGAGGAGUCCUGCGCCAGGUGAAGGUCGAAGCCCGGCGGCGCCGCUGCCCGACACAAGGAAACCCGGUCUCUGGGCCGGGCGCCAAGCUCCGCGGCCUGCAGCAGCACUGACCAUUAAACUUUGGUCCCAGCCA